ACAGCAGCAGCAGCAGCAGCCACUGCACACACAGCAGUGUGACAGCCUUUGCAUCGCGUGACAGGAGCUCUACAGCUUGUGGCGCCGACAUGUCUCGUCAUCGAUUCACGGAUGACCCCUCCAUGGGGCGAAGGGCUCCACCAUCAUCGUCCGAGGCAGCACUCGACACCACGCAACUCUUGGAGCGGUUGGCGCGAAGCAUCAUCUCCGAGCGUUGCGGUCGACGUGACUCCGACGCAGCCGCCCCCCCCUCCGAAGCACAGAUCCACGGUGCCGUCAGGCUGUGCAUCCGCAUUCUGACGAGUCACAUCGGGGAGCCGUUGAUGGUGGAAGACGAGGCUUCCGUUGCGCAAGUCAUCCGGACUAGACUCGUCAAGACGCCGAGCUCUAGCGGCAGCGGCGUGGAGGCCGCCCUUCGCUUCGACGAUCUGCACCGCCGCCUCAAGCUCCUAGCCGGCCUGAAGAAUCGCGCACCCAUGCUGCACCUCCUUCACGCGCUCAGCGAUACGGGCACGGCAGCGGCGGCGGCGGCGGUGAACCACCACGGUGCCGCCCCCCCGGCGAUUCCCCAGAUGCCUCCCCGGGUAUUCUCAGAGCCGGCGGCGGGACUGUCAGGUAUCGGCCAUGUCGUCGGGCAGGGGCUGCGUGCCGCCGCUGCAGCGUCGGUUGGGGGGAGCAGUUACCACGGAGGAGGGGUUUCCAAUGGGCGUGAACCUCUAGGGGAGGGGCGGCGGCAUGCCGAGUCGAUGGGCGUGCGGGCGGGUAGGCAUAGGUCUGUGGUCAGCAGAGCCAUGCCGCGGCGAACGACCGAGGUGACGGAGAGGACGUUGCUGAAAGGCAUCCUGUACGCGUUUCAGGGCAUCGACAGUCAAUACAUCAAGUACUGCGAAGAGGAGUCUGGCUACGUGCUCGACCCGCGGCUGCGACUAGGGUUGAAGCAAAGGGCGAUGGUAACGGAGAUGUUGGAGAUGGGCUGGCUGUUCACGACGGUGGUGCGAUAUAACCAGAGCGUCGAUGGUGAGGAGGACAUGGGGGUGUUACCACUUACCUUGCUCCGCUGCCAUUGUCCACCCCGGCAGCCAACAGAAAUAGAAGUGCAAGCCGGCUCAGCGGACGUCGGUCCUGGUCGUAUCCAGCAGGCUUUCGUCUUCUCGCUAAAGGAAGAUUUGACGGAGUACUACCGACUCAUCGCCGUGCUGGGGGCACAGCUGAAUCUUGAGUCGGAGGGGCUGGGGGUCGGGGCUGGUGGGACGGAGGGCUUGACGCUGCAACGCCUGUUCGUGUGGGUGAAGGAUCCGAUGAAGCGGCUCAACGUCAUGGCAACCCUUGUGGCGGCGGCAGCUCAGCUUAAGGGGGGAGCCUUGGCCUCGUGCCUGCACACACACGUAGACCACGGCGAUCCGUUCGUUCGAGGGCUGGUGCAGCGAACGUUGGUCCGCGCCUGCGAGUCUCUGUUCUUGAUGGUGAAGCUGUGGAUGUUCGAGGGGGAGCUGGUGGACCACCACAACGAAUUUUUCGUUCAAGAGAGGAAGCUCGCGACGGUUUUGAAGGAGACUUUGUGGCACGACCGUUACCACCUGGACCUGUGCCUGCUGCCCAAGUUCAUCGACCAGGAGGUGGCCGUGAAGAUUCUCACUAUCGGAAAGGCCAUCAACUUCUUGAGGCGCCUGUGCGGGGACUCGGAGUGGAUCAUGGGGCCCAUGGCGAAGGCGACGGCCCAGGCCACAACGCUGGAAUACGGGAACACGACAUCCCUCAGGGCUGUGGUGGAGUCUUGCUCCGCCUUGACCAACGCCAGGCUCGUGCACCUCAUGCUCGGGCCCUACCGGCUAAAGUCGCACCUUCGAGUCCUCAAGAAGUUUCUUCUCCACGGACAGGGAGAUCUCAUGCUCACCCUCAUUGAAGUGCUCGGUCCGGAGCUUGACAAGAAGGCCACGGUCAUCUACCGGCACAACGUGAUGGGGAUAGUCGAGGGCGUGAUCAAGACCAGCGCCAUCCUGCAGGACGAAGCGGACGACGUUGCCAGGAUCGGAGUCAAGAUUUUCGGCGGUUCGGAGGCUGAUACGGGAUGGGAUGUUUUUUCGCUCGAGUACAAUGUAGGCGCUCCCAUCUCGACCGUGGUUACGAAAGAGGUGCUAGUCGAGUACCGAAGAGUCUUUCACCUGCUUUGGCGUAUCAAGCGGGCAGAGUGGAGCCUGGCUUCGGCCUGGCGACUGCACACAAGCGCCACACACGUCCGGCUGGAGCAAGCCCUUCCGGAGCUGAGAGGCGCGCUCCACCGGUGCAGCCUAAUUCGCGGACAGAUGUUUUUCCUCACCACUAACCUCAGCAAUUACAUGAUGUUCGAGGUGCUGGAGACUUCAUGGGGCACUCUGCAGAACAGCCUCGACUCCGCCCUCACCCUGGACGACAUAAUCCAAGCGCACAAGGCCUACAUGAAGGGCAUCCUUGCCAGGGCUAUGCUGAACGAAGAGAGCACGGACGUGAAGAACAAGGUGGAGGAGGUCCUAGGCAUCAUCAUCGACUUCUGCCGACAUCAGGAGAGCCUCGUCAUCCGUGCUAUGGCAGAGGUUACCACCCGAAGGGCGGAACAGGCUGACAAAGACCGUCGAACUGCAAUGGGGCAGUGGGGCACAGAGGACGGUACGGCACAGGGGGGUAGACGGUUGGGGCGGGACCCCUUCGGAAUGGGUAACAUCGAAGAUACCGCGCGCCGAUUUGAGGAGAAGCUAUCUGAGCUCAUGUGUAUGCUGGAGCAAAAAUGCGGCAAGAUGGAGAUUCUGAGGUUCCUCAUCUUCCGAUUGGACUUCAAUGACUACUACAAGGAGAGGCGAUCAGCGCUAAUGCUACCGCCACCCCCCCGUCACGGGGGUGUUCGUCAGCCACCCUCGAGGCCCCAGAACUAGCUAUAGCGGCGUGUUGGUUUGGCUACAAGUAGUGUUGAUCGUUAGUGGAAUGUGCAGAGGUUUUGUCUUCCAUGUUGGCCUCAGGUGUUUGUGGUGGGUCAAAGUUGUGGGAUGUCUCUUGUCUGGUGUGGGCUUGCUAUGCUUUGUAUGCACAGUUAAACGGUGAUAUGUGGCAGCCUGGGUGAUUGUCCUGGGGCUGAGUAUUGGGAUGUGAGUCAGGAAUAAUGAAAAUGCACGGUGAGACAUGCAUCCCUGUUUCCAAAUGCCCCCAGGGAAUGCGUCCUUUGAACCAGUGACAAGAGGCGUGCCGCAUUGCAAUGCAGCAAAAGGCACUCACUCGUGGCGGACAUACCGUAUUCUACACAAGAUACCACACCCCGGUGAUAACAUUUUGGGCUUCAAAAAUAUUAUCACCGGGUGUGGUAUUGUGGGGGGGGUGUGGUAUCUUGUGUACCCCGGUGAUAAAGCCUAGCUCGCAGGAGCUCCUCAGGGGGUGUGAUAAACCAGGGGGUGUGGUAGCACAUGCGACCACCCACAGGGAGGGUUUGGGAGUGGGAUAAAAAAGGGGGUGUGAUAAAAUGGGGUGUGAUAACACGUCGGAACACCCAAAGAGUGUGUUCGGGUGUGUGAUAAACAGGGGGUGUGCCGCUUGCGUAGAAGUCUGCUCGGGUUGAAAGAACGAGGUGAUCUGUGGCGCCUGUGCUGCUGCGGUCGAAGCAGUCGUGGGAGAAGCAGAUGUACUUGCGGCGGCAUUCUGCUCUUCCCGCACGUUCAUGUUCUCUGAGGUCUCCAUGUCUCCCCCCGUACGGUACAAGCUGUGCGUGUGUGAUGCUGUUUCACCCCCGGUGAUAGAGACAGGGAAUGUAUGCGGCGUAACCUGUGUUAUCACCGGGGUGUGGUAUCUUGUGUACCCCCGGUGAUAAAUCAUGGUCUGAAAAAUACACCCAAAAUUACCACCGGGGUGUGGUAUUGUGGGGGGUGUGUGGUAUCUUAUGAGGGUGUGGUAUCUUGUGUAGAAUACGGUAUGACGUAUGGCGUGGUCCCCAUGCGUGCAUCAAUUCUGUAACUCCUGCUGCGGCUUUCCUGCGAUACUUGUUGCGCUGAUGGGCUGCCCUUGGGUGGUGCGUUCUGGCCAAUGAACCGUCCAACUGUGGAGUGGAACCAGGAGGACGGUCCAUGGGUCAAAGUCAUGGGACAUCCGAUCGGAACGGCCCCAGCCUAGUGUAGACUAUGUACAGCAGUAGAUUAGGUAAGACUCAUGGUGUUUCCAGGACUUGCAUGUGGAUCGUUCUUUUUUUGUCUUUUUUCGUGAUCCUCAUCUUCGUCGCUUUUCGUUACAAUUCUGGAGGUACAACCCCGGGUCACAUAGCAUAGGAGUUGUAGUCUCCCCUUUCCUUCUGUGCCUGCUCCAGGAGACCACCUUCAUAAAGGUACAAUCUCCCCAACGUCU